AUGAGGAAGAUCUGGUGUCUACUCUGCGUCCUGCUGCUGCCUGCGAUAUCCUCCUCUGACUUGGAAGAUAAUGAGGAAAGAGUCAAGAAGGAAUUGUACGCUAAUGUCGACCUUACUUAUGAACAUGAGAUGUCGGUGAUCCCGCAGAGUGGGCAUCAAAUCCAGAUGACCGUCCCUCAGCGACUUGUUUGGCAAAGAGCAUUUCAGGCUGCGAGGAAAGCCGGUGCAAGCGUCCAUGAGGCGCAGAUCGUGGCCCUCCGGAGUGCGGCCGAUGGGAGGGUUCAGCCGUACGUGGGGGAUGGCGAGGGUCGGGAGAAGACCAUGUGCUGUACGGCCUGCCAGCUCGAGAUGCCCAGGUCUGAUAUCAGCGCUCACUACAAGACCCCUUGGCAUGCCUUCAACACUGAGCGGAAAGUUCUCGGGCUGAUGCCUCUGCCCUUAGCGGCGUUCGAGCAGCGGGUACGGAGCAUCGAGGAGGGUGAUAGGGGCCAAGAGGAGAAGGAGCAGAACGCUCUGCAGAGCGAGAAGGCAAGGAACGAGCUCCGGCAUGCGAGCAAGAAGAAUACGAAGCUCGCUGCGGACAUUCAGAGACUGUAUUGUCUCAACGAGACUGACCACAAAGUACAAGAGAAGUUAGUGUUCCUGGAGAUGCGUAAGCUGCAGGCAGAAAGGCUGCUCGAUACAAAGCUGGGGGGACUGAAAUCUUUGGAGCAAAAUGGCACGGAGGAUGGAGGCCCGGACAAGGCAGAUAGGGGGCGAAGAACAGGAAAGAAAGUUUGCCCUGAGCUCUGCCCAUUCGACGCCCAUGUAUCAGCAUCUCUGGAUCAAAACCUUGAGCACAUGCGGGAUGUUCAUGGCUUCAUCGUUCCUUCCCCUGACAAGACGAAGGACGUCGGGCAGCUCGUGUUGUACCUCGUUUACGUCGGAUUUGCGUGCGUCUUCUGUGGCUGCUCCUUCCCGACAUACACGGCGGCACAAGCGCACAUGGAGUCGAAGGGCCAUCGCAAGCUGCGCACUGACGAUGCAUGGAGAGAGGAAUUCAGUUGUUUUUACAAUCUUGGAGCAGCUGGGGAAGGGGUUGGAAAGGAGGAGCAAGGAGUGGAGGAGGUAGAGGGAGGGGAAGAGGGAGAGGAAGGGCAAGAAAGCUUUGACCAGCAAGAAACGGGGGACAUAGCGGAAGAGCUAUCAAAACUGGCCUUCGCAGCAGAUCCGCAGGAGUUCCCCGAGCCUCUCAAGGAAGCAAGUAAUGCGGGUGCCGGGAGAGACCGUCAGGAAAAUGCCAGAGACGGAAAAGUACCCAGCAGAGAGAAGAAUGUGAUGAAACUUGAUGCUCUCAGGGAGAAGUACAAGGUUGGGAGCUGGGCAGGAAGGGCAAGAUUAGCGAAGUUGGAGCGCAUGCGCGAAGACCCUCGAUUGCAAGUCAAAGCAGCGCAAUGGAGGGGAAAGGCAGAGACGCUGCAGCAGCACAUUGUCAAGAACAGGCAGAUCGGCCGAGCGCGAUCGGGAUGGAGGCAGACUAGCGCCGUUGCAAACUUCCUACAGAAUCAAGACCAGCAACAGGCCCACCAGAUGUCCAAUGAAACGUCCAUCGUCCCGAGAGAGAGCUUCGACCAGGCCCUCUGGUUCCAACAGGUCAAGGAGGGAGGCUCAAAAAUCGCCGCCAAGGCUGUGGAGCAGCAGAAAGGAAGGGAAGUGAACCUGCAGCAGAAGAACUAUUAUACCCGCAAGGCCUCCCUGGGCCGUCAGAACAUCAAAAUCCUCAACAGCGGAUACAGGUCGUAA